AUGGUCACCACGAUGGAUCUAGCCAACGGAGAAACUGUUAUCGAAACCCGAGAUCGCCAGCCAGAGUUCCAACAACACCCCUCCUUCAUGAAUCCUCGCAUAUUUGAACUCGCGGGCGAAUCGUCCUGUCCUCGCCAGGCCCCUGGUGGCUGGCCAGAACUGCCACCAGCCCGCUGGCAUCAACGACCCGGCCGCAACGCCAGCAGAGUCGGUAGUCUGAGCCGAAACCUCAGCGUCCCUAGUGAAGUCUUUCACGAUGCCAUCGAACCCCAAGGAUGGGGGACGAAUGGGCUAGGAAGUCCCGCCACGAACAAAGAACUGCGCGAGUCGAUUGUCGUUCAAGCAGAACCAGAACCAGGGUCAGGGGAUGGCGAAAAGAAUAGACACAUCGGAAACGAACCGCCACAAGAACCACCAAAAGAAACCCACCGGCAUGGACCGCGGGUGUGGAUGGUUAUGGUUGCGUUGUGUAUAACGAACCUUCUUGUCGCGCUGGAAGGGACGGUGAUAUCCACGGCGCUGCCUACCAUUGUUCAUGAUCUGGGCGGAGGACAGGCAUAUGUCUGGGCGUCGACCGGAUAUUUCCUCACCAACACCGUCUUCCAACCGCUGUAUGGCCAAAUGGCAGACGUCUUUGGCCGUCGAUGGCUCAUCAUUUUCGCCGUUGUCAUGUUCAUGGCAGGCAGCGCAAUCAGCGGCGCUGCGCCCACCAUGGGCGCUCUCGUCGCCGGCCGCGUUAUCCAGGGCAUCGGCGGCGGAGGCAUCACUAUUCUCGUCAAUCUGAUCGUCUGCGAUCUGGCCCCCUUGCGGGAGCGAGGCAGUCUGAUGGCCGUGGUCUUUGCCUGCAUCUCCGUCGGCACUUCCCUUGGCCCCAUAAUCGGCGGCAUCAUCGUCCAGCGCACCACCUGGCGCUGGGUCUUCUAUCUCAACCUGCCUAUCGGAGGCAUUGCGCUAAUCCUACUCUGGAUCUUCCUCCAAGUCGGCACCCGCGACAGUUCGUCCCUCCGUCACCGGUUAAAGCAGAUCGACUACGGCGGCAACGUUAUCUUCAUCCUUGCCAUCUCCUUCAUCCUCGUUGCGCUGGCAUACGGAGGCACUCAAUGGGCGUGGGGCUCCUACCCGACCAUCAUCUCCCUCAUCUUCGGUUUCUACGGCGUCGCCGUCUUCGUCUUUUACGAGCAGAGCAAUUUCUGCCCGGUGCCCACACUUCCCAUGCGUCUCUUUGCCCGUCGCACCUCCGCCACGGCGCUAGCCAUCACCUUCAUCCACUCCAUGCUCACCCUUCUCGGCAUCUACUUCCUCCCCGUCUACUUCCAGGCCGUCCUCCUCGCCUCUCCGAUCCGGUCCGGCGUCAUGAUGCUGCCCACGGUGCUGGCCCUCGUCCCCUCCUCGGUCAUCAGCGGUAUCCUCCUCUCCAAAAUCGGCCGCUACACACCCUUCCACUUUGCCGGCUUUGCCCUCUUCACCCUCGGCUUUGGCUGCUUCUGCACGCUGAAUGUUCACUCCCCCACCGGCGCCUGGGUCAUGGUGCAGUUUGUCGUCGCCCUCGGCUCCGGCUUCUCGCUCAGCACCCUGCUGCCCGCCGUCCAGGCUGAGUUUUCCGACCAGGACACGGCUGCGACCACCGCUGCGUGGGCGUUCGUGCGCCAGUUCGGCGUCGUGUGGGGCGUUUCGGUCCCGUCGGCUAUCUUUAACGCCCAGGUGGACCACUACCUGCCGGGGGUCAGCGAACGUUCGGUGCAGAAAACGCUGAGUGGAGGCGCCGGGUACGAGCACGGAACGAAAGAGUAUGUCAUGUCGUUGACGGACGACGUGCGAGAACAGGUCAUCAGGGUUUAUUCAGACAGUCUUCGGGUGGUGUGGAUCUUUGCCACGGUCAUGGCUGGAGUUGGGCUUUUGCUGGUGUUUUUGGAGAAGGAAAUCCCAUUGCGGACAGAGUUGAGUACCAAGUAUGGUCUCAAGGACGAUCCCAAGAGAGAGAGCCAGGAGCCGUUAGUUAAGAGAGAGGAGGCGUAG